AUGAAGAAACGUACCCUGUGGUUAGCAGGCCUUUGGUGUGGGCAGGCCCUGGCCGCGCCGCCUCAAGUUGUCUUGCACGCGGCUCCGAGUACAUCCGAUCGAAAACUUCAUGGACGUUUCCUGCACAUCACCGAUAUUCAUCCCGACCCAUACUAUGCAGAGGGUACUUCUCAGUCGUCCCAAUGCCAUCGAAAGGAACCGUCAGAUAAUGAUCAGCGGGCAGGAUAUUAUGGGACACCCUUCGGCACCUGUGACUCGCCUUGGUCAUUGACGAAUAUCACGUUCGAACAUCUAGAGGAGCAUUGGAGCUCUGAGAUAGACUUUGUUAUAUGGACCGGUGAUAACGCUAGACAUGACGAGGACCAUGAGAUACCUCGACCACUUGACGAAGUAUUUGCUCUUAAUCGCGCCGUUGCAAAGAAGAUGGAAGAUGUAUUCCUCAAGAAAGGAAUACCGGUUGUUCCAAGUUUGGGAAAUAAUGAUGUUUGGCAGUUGUCGUCGGCUUGGCAGCGCACGCGAAAUACUUUAUCUCCAGGUCCUAAUGAAAUAACGGAUGAGUUUGCGUCCAUAUGGGAUGCAUUUAUUCCGUCAGGGUUCAAGACCUCCUUCCGAGACGGCGCAUAUUAUGCACUAGAAGUGAUACCCGAUGCACUUGCGGCGAUUAGUCUGAACACAAUGUAUUUCUACCAUAAUAACAAAGCUGUGAGAGGGUGUCUAGUCGGUGAUGCUAGCGACCCCGGUAACUUGCAGUUUGACUGGCUGGAAGAACAGCUUGAAAUGUUUCGGGCUCGGCAGAUGCAGGUGUGGGUUACUGGACAUAUUCCCCCGUCUGACUAUCACUACUUUCCCGAGUGUUACUACCGAUACGCGGAGCUGAGCCUGAGAUAUCAAGAUGUCAUUUUAGGCAGUUUAUUUGGUCACUUGAAUGUUGAUCACUUCUACUUUGUCGAGGCCGCCGAUCUCAAUAUCAGCCCUGAAAAGGACGGGAUGGUGCCUCAUAGUUCCGAGGGUACAAUCUUUGAAGCAUUGAUGACCAACUUUAAAGCCCUGGCGAAGGGGUCAAAGCAUUUGAAUUAUGACGACUAUGCAGUAGUCACGGUCAGCCCAUCAUUGGUGCCCAAUCCAUAUUUGCCCAGCUUCAGAGUGUUCAGCUACAACAUCUCGGGGCUGGGAUCGACGACUGUGGGUGCCGUCGGUGAAGACGAGUAUCUCCUGAUGACAAAGAAGGAACGAGCCUCCCGAUGGAAGCAUUUACCGUAUCGUCAUGGUAAUGAUGGGAACGAUGGCCGCCAAUGCAUGGGUGCGGGAUAUCGGGACUCGUGGAGGUGCAAGCUUCGUCCCUGGCGCUCUGACAGCCACGCUCCGUCGCGGCAAAAUACGUUGUGGACACCUUUGGGAUAUGCGCAGUAUUACAUACCUCAACUUGAGGAAUAUGAUGAGAAAGACGGACCAAAGUUUAAGCUGGAAUACUUAACGUUCCCGAUUUCGAGCCUGCACCUCACGGAGGGACCCGUACCGCUGAGAAAUUUACCCAAGUCGCUCCGCGAAGCAGGGGUAACGGAAUCAGAGCUUGCACCGUAUGAACUGCGUGAUCUUACGAUACCGUCAUGGUUAGAUCUAGCCUGCGAGCUGGGGAAGCCGCGGGAGAAAAAGCUCCGAAAGCGGUUCAAGAAGUAUAUGUAUAUGGGAGGGGAAGAUAUUUAA